AUGACUAACGAACCUGACCCUCACCGAAUGUGGUGUGACCUUAAAGCCUAUAUAGAUAAAAAGCCACCAGAUACCUGUUCUGCUGCAACACAGGAUGAGUAUUUUGUAGUAAUCCAGAGUAGCUUUGUUCAGUUAAUCACACGUUUCCCUCUCUUCACCGUUGAACAUAAAAUAGAGCUAGAAAUGUGGAAUGUUCUGUAUAAAACUCAAAUUAACUCAUUACAGUCGUUGUUAAACCAACGUUUAUCCGGUACCGGAAACAGUGGAUCUCUUAAAUGUUCUACUAUGGAGCUCAAACUUCGAUUGGUUUUAUUGUUAGAUCGUGCUUCAGGCAUCUAUUUCAAUCUUAUCUACCAAUUACUUCAACCAAUUUCUGAACUUCCAUGGCCUAAAGUGAUACUGGGUAUCCUUGCGAGCGUCGACGGCAUGUUAGACUCAGAAAAUAAUAAGAAGGGGAAACAUAUUUCCGACUACCUUGAUCUAGAUCUGGCAACUUUUUCUGCCAACAAAACAUGCAGUAAAAGAAUGAAAGAUACUGAAUCAAACAAAUUUUUAUCAAUCACACAAGAAUCAGACACAAAUGUUAUUGUACCACGUAUACUAUCUAGAGGUGAUCGACUUCCGUCAGAGAUUAUGACAGUUUCCUCAAGUGUAGAAAACAGUAAAAUCAGCGGCCAAGAUAUAAAAUACCCCGACGAAAUAGAAAACGAAAAAGAAAAAAUUAAUGUGAUUACUAACCAAAAUUCUAAUAUUCACUGUUUGAAUCAAGAAGCAGCUGUUAUUUACCUAGUACAUCACUGUUUAGUUCAUCUUGGAGAUAUUGCACGGUACCGUCAACAGCCAAAUGUUGCCGCUGGUUAUUACCUUUGGUCUUGGGUUGUACACCCUGAUUCUGGUCAUUCUUUCAACCAGUUAGCUAUUUUAGAAGCAACUAAGCCUUUACCUAGAAGAUGUAUGGAUGCUUUAUUUUAUUACUAUAUACGUGCACUAGCAUGUCUACAUUCAUUUCCUGCUUCUAUGAAUAAUUUAUCGAAUGUAUUGUUGGACUAUUAUAAGUCAUUUGAUUUAUCUUCUAUAUGUUUUAAUGAUAAUAAUAAUCAUGAGAAACUACAUACUGAUUCAAUGAAAGAUGUAAUAUUAAGUGCAAAACGCUGGCCAAAAUUUACCAAUCAACAAAUACGAACACUUAUACAGUUUUAUGCAGCACUCCAUUUGCAUACAGAUCCUGUCAAACUGAUAAAAAUGGCUGAUGAUCUUUUCGAAAAUAUGAACAACUGGAAUAGAGUAGAAUUGAACAAAAAUCAGUUGAUACGUAUAUUGUGUAUUCAUUUCUAUUUAACUGACCAAUACUUAUCAGACACGAAAUCAAAUCUAUCAUCAUUUCAAACAAUAGAUGGAAAAUCUUUUAUGCUGAAUGAAUAUCAAACGGGCACCGCUCUACUCUUAUGUUUAACAAUUUAUUUAAUUAAUUGGAUUACUUCAAGUAUAGUUGGUAUUACAUCAGAAACAGUAUCACUAAAUAAACAGAUUUCAAGUACCAUACCAAAUGAUGAAACAAUCACCAAUGUUAGUAACAACGACGAUGUCAACAAUGAUAAUAGUAAUAAUUCGAUCAAUAAGGAUGAUAAUUCCACUUUACUUGUUUCUUCGACUGCAAACAUUCAUCCUACUUCUAAUGAUAAUAAUAAAAUUGACAUAGCAGCAUGUAAACUGGAAUUAUUAAUUGCAUUGAAUUUAUUAUUCCUCUGGUUUCGGUCAAAUCGCUUCACUGAGAUUAAUGCAGGGAAUAAAUCAUCUUAUCAACUGACGGAUAAAUUAUUUCAAUUAUUAACUCCUACAUUCACUGAAAAUACAGUGUACUUUUUAAACAAUUUACUUAAAUACUAUGAGCCGUUAUUACGUGAUGUCGAUAAUCAUAAUGGUGGGCAAAAACAACCUACUGAUAUACCUGUACAAGUAAACAAUAACAAUGAAAACACAAGUGAUAAUGUUAAUAGCAAAAUAAUCGAUGCUGAUAUUGUUGAAGGAGAACGUGAAAAUUCUUUUCUCAUUGAAAAACAUGUCGAUCCUUGUGAUGAUGAUAGCAACCGUGAGAGUGAAGUCCAUAACAUCACUCCCAUAGAUUGGAUUCGUUUGAUGAAGCUGCCUGAAAUGAUCGUAUUACAAGGUUUUCAACCACUUCAUAUACCAACACAACGUUCAUUAUGUAGUUCAUCAACAGAUUACAAUCCUGUACAUCCAUUCCUUCUUGAUUUCUCCAAUGAUAAACUAGAUGAAUUAAUAAUUCCAAACAACAAAAAUAUGCACGAAACUAGUGUUCCAAAGCCCAAAGAAGUUGGAUUGGAACGUGUCCUGUGCCUGUUAACAUCCGCUCGAUAUGUAGCUCUAAUGUUCCCAUCCCUAGUAAAUUGGAUUCCGAACUCUAGAGAUAAAAAUCCAGAUUCCACAGAAACAACUGUCUGGUUUGGUUCAUUCUGUUACAAAAGUCAUUACUCAAGCAAUUUAAAAGACAUGUUCAGUGUACUUAACAAACCUACAACUAUUACAGCUAUUAAUAGUAAUGUUAAAGAGACUCAGUCAAAUAAAACAACUUUAAAUAGCUUUGAAGAGCUACAUUACACCGACACUAAUCCUGUGCAUUUUAACGCUGUGCUUAACAAUAAUGAACAAGUUAAUCGUGAAGAGUCUGACAUACAAAAACCGAUAAACUUUGAUAUGUUGAAUCCUAAUUUGCCUGAAUCGGCUCCUCCUUGUGGUAACGGCAACGAACAAUUAUCUAAUAUCCCUGUAACUAUCCAUCAUAAAACAAUAAGAACUAAUUCAAUAAGUAAUCAAACCACAGAAUCAUCAUCUCCCGAAGUAACUACAUCAAACGAUUUUGUAGUAUCGUCAACUACAUCAUCACUACCUUCCUCAUUACUAUCUCAUGUUGGGACCUCUGGUGGACUUAUCAUGAAUGCAGAGUUAGCUAAAUUUAUUCAAGAACAAGCCAGCCAGGUUGCAGCUAGACAACAACGAUUCAAUAUGCCUACUAAUUCCAUUAUUAAUGACGACCAGCAACAACUGGAUUCCACCGGAGCAUCCAUACCCACUACUGUUUGUGGAAAUUCAGAUGUUGGUUCUCUAAGAGGAAAUUUACCUAUGCCAGGAGUAGGAGGAGUAGAAACAUCUUUAUCAAGACUAAGCUUAAGCGCAACAUUCAAACGAAAUCUGCCACCAAGAUAUGCUAAAUUAUUACAAGCAAAAGAAUUACAAGAAAAAGAGGCUUUAAAAAGUCGAUACGGUCACCAAACGCAGAAAGAGUUAAGCUCAUCCCUACUGCCACUUGAUAAACCUGCUCCUUUAGCACGUAAAGAAUCGGAAGCACCCACAGACCUUAUUUGUUUAUUAUCAUCAUCUGAUGUAAACCCAGUUGUACUACAACAUCUUCAUGAACAGCAUAUUCAACAACGGCCUCAAUGGUUUUAA